AUGUCAGUCGAAGACUUUCAAAUUUUAAUAACUUUAGUUGGGCCUGUUAUAAGUAAACAAGCUACAGCAUUCAGGAAGCCGAUACCACCAGAAGAGAGAAUUGCAGUAACAUUGAGAUUCUUAGCUACUGGCGAUAGCUAUAGAACUAUAGCUAACAGCUAUCGUCUUGGCAUAUCAACUGUGAGCAACAUUGUCUCAGAAACAUGUUCUGCAAUAUGGGAUGCAUUGAGAGGGGAUUUCCUCAAAUGCCCAUCAAGUUGUUCCGAAUGGACUGAGGUUGCCGAUGUUUUUCACAAAAAAUGGCAAUUUCCAAACUGUUUGGGCGCUAUUGAUGAAAAGCAUGUUGUUGUUAAAUGUCCUAGCAAUGCUGGAUCGUUGUAUUACAAUUACAAAAAAACGCAUAGCAUUGUGCUCCUGGCUAUCGUUGAUGCAUGGUAA